AUGGGAGGUGGCGUCGGAGGCGGAGGCUUCGUCCCCCUGCCAGGUGGCGUUGGAGGCGGAGGCUUCGUCUCCCUGCCAGGUGGCGUUGGCGGCGGCGGCUUGGUUGCCCUGCCAGGUGGCGUUGGCGGCGAAGGCUUCGUUCCCCUGCCAACUGGCGUUGGCGGCGGAGGCUUCGUCCCCCUGCCAGGUGGCGUUGGCGGCGGAGGCUUCGUCCCCCUGCCUGGUGGCGUUGGCGGCAGCUUCGUUCCCUUGCCAGGUGGCGUUGGCGGCGGAGGCUUCGUCUCCCUGCCAGGUGGCGUUGGCGGCGGAGGCUUCGUCCCCCGGCCAGGUGGCAUUGGCGGCAGCUUCGUCCCCCUGCCAGGUGGCGUUGGCGGCGGAGGCUUCGUCCCCCGGCCAGGUGGCAUUGGCGGCAGCUUCGUCCCCCUGCCAGGUGGCGUUGGCGGCGGAGGCUUCGUCCCCCUUCCGGGUGGCGUUGGCGGCAGCUUCGUCCCCCUGCCAGGUGGCGUUGGCGGCGGAGACUUCGUUCCCCUGCCAGGUGGCGCUGGCGGCAGCUUCGUCCCCCUGCCAGGUGGUGUUGGCGACGGAGGCUUCGUCCCCCUGCCAGGUGGCGUUGGCGGCGGAGACUUCGUCCCCCUGCCAGGUGGCAUUGGCGGCAGCUUCGUCCCCCUGCCAGGUGGCUUUGGCGGCAGCUUCGUCCCUCUGCCAGAUGGCAUUGGCGGCAGCUUCGUCCCCCUGCCAGGUGGCGUUGGCGGCGGAGGCUUCGUCCACCUGCCAGGUGGCGUUGGCGGCGGAGACUUCUUCCCCCUGCCAGGUGGCGUUGGCGCCGGUGGCUUCGUCCCCCUGCCAGGUGGCGUUGGUGGCGGAGACUUCUUCCCCCUGCCAGGUGGCGUUGGCUGCGGAGGCUUCGUCGCCUUGGGUGCUGGUAUUCGCGGCCGAGGCCUCGUCGCCUCGGCUGCUGGUAUUCGCGGCGCAGGCUUCGUUGCCUUGGGAGGCUGCACGCUUUCGCAGCUACGAGCGUCGACGAAGCGAAAGACCGCCUGUUCAAUGGGUCCCACCCACCUACGAGGCGACGUGGUGCUACCGGAAGCCAUCAAGGACGUUUUCUCGAAGGGACCAAAGUUUGCCGUUCAACCUAAGCUCUUACCGCCAGCUCUUCUGGGUAUCGUCAAGCGCGUCUCCAAGUUGGCUCUGGAAAGUGAAACUGACCGCUGUUUGUCCGAAGGCAUCGACGUUUUGAUCGGUCACGCGUUCGGAGCUCGCCCUGUUGACGUCCAGGCGAAUGGCGACACAAUUCCUGCCACGGAGAACCUCGACAAACGACGUGUUGACAGGGAUUCACAGGGCAGCUUGGGGGGCUCUGCUCGUUUGGACGGACAAGGCGACCGGUACACGGUCGUCAGGUUGACCCGUGACCAACUUAAGAACUAG